AUGUCACAGCUAAAUGAACCUAGCGUUGAUUUCCAUUUGAAAUUGAACGAACAGUCUUUUCAUAUCCCAAACGAAUUGCUAAAGAAGAAUGUCCGACAGGUGAACAAGCUUGUGGAGUUGGAAGCCAAGAAAUUGAACACGCUUUUCACAGAGCUUGACAGCAUAAUGUCAACGCACGAUAAUGCUUCGUCUUUAGGGAAGCUCAAUGAAAUCAUCAAGGCUGUUGAAGUGUUGGAAAGAAAACUGGAAAAACGGGUAGCGUUCGAAGUUGAGUUGCUAAAUCGAAUAGAGUGCCGUAUAAACUAUUUCAAGGAGCUGGAUGAUUUGAAAAAUGCCGAAGAUGCGGAUGGACUUAUAAUGUGGUAUCAGCGAUACACCAACCUUUUGGUAGGUGACUAUUUAACGCGAAAUGGGAUCUUAUACGAUGCAGAACUCCAAGACAAAAAAGAGGAAGCGCAACAACAGCCGGGAAAGGAAAAUAACAGGCAAAAACGCAGGCUUUCGUCUCCUGCAUCGUCUUCACCACCUCCGAAUUCAGGUGUACAAUUUUUGAAGCAACAAAAUCUGGAAAAUUUGCUGGACUACGACAUUUUACUCACUGCAAACAAAAUUUCCAAAAGUCUUACGAACAAGCACGCAUUAAGUCCACUCUUCAGCUGGAUUAAAGAGAAUCAUUCUUACCUUGAAAGCAAAUCUUCGAAUCUGGAAUUCGAGACGAGGUUUCAAGAGUACAUUGAAUUGGUGAAAGUUCAGGAUUACAAAAAUGCAAUCAAAUGUUUCCAAACGCAUUUGGUCAAAUUUUCCGACAGCAACUUCGAAGAACUUAAAUUAGCAUCUGGACUUCUGGUCUUUAUCAAGAACUGCCUCUUGACUAUACCUAAGAAAGCCAAAAUGGAUGCUUCUACACAGGGCGACAAAGAAGUUUCGAAACCGCGGACCAGAGAGGGUUUUUUCAGUUUUUUCUUCAAACACCAGCCUCCACGGUCUUCAGGUUCCUCAUUUGCAGUAACAUUGGAAGACUUGAAGAAAAAAGAGUUUUCAAAUAAUGUCGAACUCGAUAGAUAUAGCAGAGUUUUAGACGAUUCCCGGUGGACUUCUUUGAAAGAUAUCUUCCUCUAUGAAUAUUUCUCAAUGUACGGGAUAUCUCAUCACGACCCGUUGCUCAUAUACCUCUCGUUGGGCAUUUCCACAUUAAAGACUAAGGCCUGUCUGCAACACCCGAACACUGAGAACUCUGAUAAUCUUCAGAUGGAUCUUUUUUUGAAUAAAGAAGUGGUCCAUACUUCUUGUCCCGUUUGCAGCGACGAAUUUUCGCCUAUAGCUCGCGAUCUACCAUUUUCACAUCACAUUCAAUCUUCAUUGUUUGAAAAUCCGGUGAUGCUGCCAAAUGGGAACAUUUACGACUCUCGAAAACUGAAGGCCCUUGCAUCCACCUUGAAUGACAAAAAUCUCUGCCAACUGAACGAAAAUCAGAUCAUGGAUCCGAUAGACAAGAAGAUCUACGCUUGCAGCGAUUUUAUCACAAUGUAUCCCACGUAA